UUCCAAUCCGACCCAACGGAACCUCCCCCCUCGCACUCGCAGCACUACCAGUCCAUCGCCGCCGCCGAGCCCUGGAGCUCCGUCCCGCCGUGUCGCCACUUAGCGUACGCCCCACCGGACCAUCAGCAGGCGAGGGCCGGCCGGCGACCUACUUCAACGGAGCGUGGACGGAAGGUUUCUAUAUCUUCCAUGGCGCUCGUGGUGAUGUGCGGCCAGCCGUGCAGCGGCAAGUCAGAGGCUGCAGCUUGUCUUGCCGCCGCUCUUCGCUCCUCCGUGCCUGACGUCACUGUCCGCGUCAUUGAUGAGUCAUCGCUCCAUCUUGGGCGCAAUGAAAGCUACAAAGAUAUGGUCGUGGAGAAAAACUUAAGAGGAGUUCUGAGGUCAGAAGUUGACAGGUCUGUUUCACGGGAUGGCAUAAUCAUCGUGGAUUCUUUGAACAAUAUCAAGGGGUACCGGUACGAGCUGUGGUGUCUUGCGCGUGCUUCGGGAAUAAGAUAUUGUGUGUUCUUUUGUGAUACAGAAGUGGACCAUUGUAGGGAUUGGAACGUCAAGCGUCAGGAGAAAGGAGAACCCUCAUAUGAUAGUAAUAUAUUUGAAGAUCUGGUAAGGAGAUUUGAGAGGCCUGAUAGGCGUAGCCGCUGGGAUUCCCCUCUUUUUGAAUUGUUUCCAUCUAGAGAGGAAAUUGUGGAAUCUUCCCCUGUUAUUGUUGAGGCUGUAUCAUAUUUGACUAAGAAAGUGGAUUCGAAAACAAGAGAUGUAAAAGUUCUCCAGCCUACAAUAGCCACUCAGUCUGUGCGGACUACUGAGAGUAAUUCGCUCUACGAGAUGGAUAAAGCAACACAGGAGGUGGUCAAUGCAAUUGUGGAGGCACAGUCUGGUGGUCUUGGGGUUGCCAUGAAUAAGAUUUCUCUUGGGCCCGACUUGCCAACUAUUAAUCUUCAAAGAUUGGUUGGCCUGCCCGAGCUACGGAGCCUCCGACGCACGUUCAUCAAGCUGGCAGGGCAGUACAGCUUGAGCGGGCGACCCCCACCAACAGAUGCUGACAGCGCGAAGAGGAUGUUUGUUGACUACUUGAACCGAGAAAUCGGUGGGUGAUGGUUGGUUCUCCCAUCUCUGAUGAGUAGUCCGGCCUAUGAUGUACUACUUCCCAGGGGACGGAAUGCAGGCGCUGCUAGCGUUUUCCCCUGCCAUGCUCCUCAUAUGGCUUCCUUCGGGCCGUCCAAAGAGAUUAUUUUGCCUCGCAUGAGCUUCACCGCAAGUAUUCAGAAAUGGCAUGCCGCUGUGUAAUUCUGUAGCUCCUGUACCACCCAAAUAGUUUUUGCGGGUGCUUGCAACUUGUAAACUACAGAAUUUGGAAAUAUUUACUGAAUUAUUUAUGUACGGUUGCAACUCGUUACAACAUAUUUUGAAAAGUGGCUCCAGAUUAGUGUUUUU